AGAUGGCCUCGGUGGGUCCCUCUGCAGCCUCCACGCAGCCCGCCCUGCCCUCCGGACCCGCCGUCUUCAAAACCAUCCCCUACGCCUUCAUCCUGCCGGAGAUCGUCUGCGGGACCUGGGUGUGGAUCCUUGUGGCUGCUACCUCGGUCUCCUUGCCGCUGCUGCAGGGAUGGGUGAUGUACGUGUCCCUCACCUCCUGCCUCAUCUCCCUGCUGCUCCUCCUAGUCUACCUCCUUGGCUUCCACAAGAACAGCGAGAACUGGAAAGUGCUGGACAGCUUGUACCACGGUGCCACGGCCAUUCUGUACAUGAGCGCCGCUGUCCUGCAGGCCAACGCCACCAUCAACUCUGAGUUCGGCACCAACGCGCCACUCAACUACCAACUCAACUGUGCUGCCUCGUUCUUUGCCUUCCUCACGACCUUCCUGUACAUCCUCCACGCCUUCAGCAUCUACUACCAGUGAUCCUGGCAGCACCGGAUUCACCUUUGCAGGACAAGGGCUCUCCCAGUGUGAAAGACCCUGCUGUCUUCCCAAGGUGUCCCUGCCCCAGCCCUGUGCCCAGGCCACAGGAACAGCAGGUCCUUUUGCACUUCACCACAGGAGGGAUUUUGCUGGGACAUUUCCUGCCUUGCUUGGGGGCUAUGCAAGGGGAGGGACUGGGCACAGGUCCCAAGCCUCCAACUCUGACAUUCUGCCAAAUAUUGACACCAAGAGAAGGGACUAAAAAAAAACCAACUGUUCCUUCAGCAAACAAUCUCCUUUCUUAUGUAAUUUGCCUUUCUCUGGUUCAGCUCCAUCCCUCCCCAACACAAAUUCAUUACAAUGACACAAGAUUGUGUUCCUUGACUUUCAGAUGGUUUCAUUUGGUAAAUGCUGUAUUUGGAAUAAAGUGUCAACUGACAGCUUGUGACUA